AAGGCCUCAUCCCUCAGCUCCUAGCUGGGAUACCCCUGACUUCGUCCUACACAGACUCAACCCUACACUGCGCGCCCACGCAGUCACGCAGCCUCCGCUCGCCCCGUCCCCUCCGGCCCCGAGGGAAAAGUGUUCCACGAGCGGUAGAGUCUUUCCGCCUCGUUUUUUCCUCCCGAACCCUGGUCCCCGCUCCCGUCUGGGCGCCAGCUGGUGGGGCGCGCGCAGAAGGCCAGUCUGCGAGCGGGAGCGCGUGGCGCGGGGCCGCUCCGGCGGCGGCACAUGGCCGCAGUCACCCCGCAAGACUCCGGAGGCGCCGCGCCCAGCUUGCCCGAGGUCCGUCGGCUGCGCUCUGCCGCCCCAGCGCCAAGCAGAGGCUGAACGGAGGUACCCGUGUCGGGCGUCGGGAUGACCCUUCUCCUGCUCCUCUGGCUAGUGUCCUACUAUGUUGGAACCUCGGGGACUCACACAGAGAUCAGGAGAGUGGCAGAGGAGAAGGUCACUUUGCCCUGUCAUCAUCAGUUGGGGCUUCCAGAAAAAGACACCCUGGACAUCGAGUGGCUGCUCACAGAUAAUGAAGGGAACCAAAAGGUGGUAAUCACGUACUCCAGCCAGCAUGUCUACAAUAACUUGACUGAGGAACAGAAGGGCCGAGUGGCCUUCGCUUCCAAUUUCCUGGCAGGAGACGCUUCCUUGCAGAUUGAGCCUCUGAAGCCCAGUGAUGAGGGCCGGUACACCUGCAAGGUGAAGAAUUCAGGGCGCUAUGUGUGGAGCCAUGUCAACUUAAAAGUCUUAGUAAGACCAUCAAAGCCCAAGUGUGAGCUGGAGGGAGAACUGACAGAAGGCAGUGACCUGACUUUGCAGUGUCAGUCAUCCUCGGGCACGAAGCCCAUCAUGUAUAACUGGCAGCGAGUCCCGGAGAAGGAGGGGGAGGAUGAGUAUCUGCCUCCCAAAUCUAGGAUUGACAACCGCAACCCAGGGCGCGUUCUGCUGCAGAACCUCACCAUGGCCGCCUCUGGACUCUACCAGUGCACAGCAGGCAACGAGGCUGGGAAGGAGAGCUGUGUGGUGCGAGUCACUGUGCGGUAUGCACAAAGCAUGGGCAUGAUUGCAGGAGCCGUGACAGGCAUGGUGGCCGGUGCACUGCUGAUUUUCCUCUUGGUGUGGCUGCUGAUCCGAAAGAAAGACAAAGAGCGAUAUGAGGAGGAAGAGAGACCUAAUGAAAUUCGAGAAGACGCAGAGGCGCCCAAAGCCCGCCUGGUGAAACCCAGCUCCUCGUCCUCGGGCUCCCGGAGCUCGCGCUCCGGCUCUGCCUCCACCCGCUCCACUGCCAACAGCGCCUCCCGCAGCCAGCGGACACUGUCCACGGAGGCGGCGCCGCGGCCUGCCCCCCGCGCGCACGGCCGAGCAGGGCCAGGGGCAAGAGGUGCAGCGCCGGAGGACCUGCGUCCUGCCGCCCUGACCGAGGCAGAAGCCACACCUAGCACGGGCCCCAGCCAGAGCCGGCCCUUCCAAACUGUCUGAAUUAUGGUGCACUUGAACUCCCAGGCUGUCCUUGGGGUCAGCAUCUUAGGAGUUUUCUAGUCGUCACAGCCCAGCCACCAGCCACACCAUCCCCCAGUCAUUUGAGAGGUCAUCUACUAGCAGGGAGCGCUGCACUGGACAGAUUCAAAUGAGCACUCUCCUCAGAGCACACCCAACCAGGGUGUGAGCCCACCAUCUCCAAAACGGCAUCUCCUGCCUUCAGACAAGAGUGGGGGAAAGCAGGGGUCUGAACCUAUCUGUGGAGCAGGACCUGGGGUGAGAAAGUCGGAGGAAAGAGGAAGUGAACCCACAAAAAAACUCACCUGAGAUGCUUUGUAUCAAUACUUCAAUUCACGAUUGUCAUGAGGAAACGAGUUGUUCAUAGAUUUCCUAUGCCUUUCUAUAAGAUGGCUUAUUGAUUAUCCAGAGUCGAGCAGAACCCACAGCCUUACAUUACACCCCUCUGCACUGUGUCCUGAGAUUACUACUUCUGAGAAACUCCAAAAAAGGAACGGUCUCUUCUAUUCCAUCUUGACUUCAUUUACCACUAGGUUUGGAUAUAGAUUUCAACAGGAAUUGAAAUAAUGGGACACAGAGGACAAUAGUUGAGUUCCUCCCACUCUAUCCACCACUAAUUUCCCCCUACUUAUACUGAACUACAAGAGAACUACAAAGAGAGUCCAAAAAUGUGUGACGGGGACUGUGAAAAACCUCUCAUCCUAAUGAUGUCCAGAGGGUCACUGACAAAUGUCAGCAAUGUAUCCUGGGACAGGUGUGGGUUUCCCCUCAAAUCAGAUGUCUCUGCAGACUUCCCUUCUGGGUAUCUCUGGAGAAAGAAAACAUUCACUACAUGCCAUUUGACAAUGUCCCUAUAAAGAAGUCUUACCGUGAAACAAGUCUCUUAAAGAUGCUGAAAGAUUACCCAGCAUACCAUUACAGUUUUUCUGAGAACAUACAAAACCAGAAUAUUAAGGCUUCUAGACUAGAAAGGGAGAUUAGACCAAUUUUCUUAAUGUGUCAUAGAAUGGUAUAAGGAAGUUUAGAACUGCACCAAACUUGCAGCUUUCUCUGUUUCGUUUUAGAAAAAGGUUGUGAACCUGGGACUUUUGAUGAUUCUAGGCCUUACAUUACAGGAAGAUCAGGAUUGUCAACAUUUCCUAAUGGCACUGCAUGUCAAAAUCAUCCCUGCCUCAGAAGUUGAGACACAGAGAAAUUCAGCAUUUUACCAAUGUAGCCUCUACGGAAGUGUAGCUCUGGGGUAUGAGGAAAUGGAAUUAACACUUCCAGAAGAGACAGCAUAAUUAGUGAAUGGCAGGAAAGGUCUGCUUGAUUGUCCAUUAACAUUUCAAUUGUCAGUAUCUUGGAAAGAAGUAGCAGAAAUGAUUCACCAGGGUAGCUCUCAGAAAAGCUGAUUCACGGGGGAAGAAAGAUGUCUGGAAAAUGUAAAAAACAAACAAACAAAAAAAAAACAAGAAAAACUAACAGCAGCCUCCAAGUGCGAUAACUUGCCCUUUUAAUAGUUGUGACUACUCUGCCACUCAAACUCAUCCUAUGGCAAGAAUUCAAAACCUGAAAUCACUAAUUAUGCUGAAACCUGAACUAUUCCUGAAAUAGUUCGAGGAGCCAGUUAUUGGAAGAGUAAAAGAUUUAUUAUUAAAAAGGCAGCAGGCUCUAAAAAAGAAAAGGUAAUGCUGAGUGUGGUAAAGCCACUGCUUUCUAAAAUGGGAAUCAGAUGCUUAAACAGAAGAGGCCGAUAUGGGAUUGUGCUCCAUUUCUCUGGUUUUCCAUUUCUACAUUUAAUUCUUACCACAGUGUCCUCACACAGGGCAAACACAUUUCCUUCUAAACCCCUGUAAGAAACAGGGGUUUACCCUCGGGAGAAAGUUUUCAUCUGCACUUUGUCGUACUCUAAAAAAAGUUGGGAAACAAGAGACAUUGAGGAAGUAGUGUAAAGAAUGUCUGGUGUUAGUUUAAGAGGGCUAGCAUAUUUGGAAUGUUUCUCAUACUAAUGCUGCCUCCUUGUAAGAAAUAAAAUCCCUUACUUUACUUUUUAUUCUUCUGGUAGUGGUAUCCAGCAACGUAUCACUACUUCUGCUACACAAUACUGAGAAUUCUCAUUCCCGGAGUACCUGAGCCAAAGGUCACUGUGGAGGCUGCAGCUCUACCACCACUAACAAUUUUGCUGUGAGCACUCCUUUCUACCUUUGAACCUAAGGUUUCCCCACCCGUGCCUUUGAGAGCAGGGAUCAGUCCACUUUGCAUAAAAAUGAUAUUUAGGUAGUUUAAACACAUGGUUGUCAGAAGACUAAAAUACCAGUUAAAUAACCAAAUUAUUUAUUUUGGAAAUUAUUCCAAUACAAAUCAACAAAGAAGUCACAGAACUGGUAACUACCUACAAUCUGAGAAAUUCUAGGGCCUGAAGAUCCCAAGAGAUAAGAUACUGGAGUCUUAGCAAUGACAGUGCAGUUCUCCUUGAGUCAGAGUUUUGGGUUCAGACAGGACAGGAUCUGGGCUUGAGAUACAGUUUGAGCCACUGCUGGUUUCAAACCACAUUCCAUUAACUUUGUAAGUCGAAUAAAGUUGAUUCUUGAUUAUGAAACAAAGGAUAAAAUAACCAAAUGACAGAAGAAAAAAUGUUUGUAGGAAGAAGAUAUAAACAAAAUGAUGUGAAUGUUUAGAGAGUAACAAUUUCAAUA